AAAGCAUAUAGUCCUGAUUGCUGGCGAAAGCUUCGACCGCAAUCAGAGAGUGGAAUGAUGAAGUCCUUCACACUGUACCUAAUAACUUUCUGUAUUUGCAGUUUUGCUAACGUUGAACGUUCUUCAUGUAAUUCAGAGGAAGAGGAUAAUGAGGUCCCUACCUUGGAAGAUCUGAGGAAGAUGUUGAGCACUCGAGAAAAAAUCUGGUUGACGAUGCGAACUUAUGAUAAUCCACGGCGGGAUUGCAUCUACUGGUUGAACAAUGGGCUGAACACCACCGAUUACGACUUCUUUUACUGGGAGCGAAGGCGUCCGAGACCAAGUAGUUGGAACAAUGGAGUAGCAGGGAAGAUACACAAACAUGCGAAGAUAGGAUACUUAGAUGAGGUUCCUUAUCCAGCGAUGGUAAUCAGAGCCCACUAUGAAAAAGAGGAACAAGCGAAAGUUUACGUGGUGUUGUACUGGUUAGAGUCUGAGAAAUGCUUCAUAUUACUGCAUCCAGAUGGCGAAUGUGAACAGUACACCUGGGAGUCGAUGACAUCGAAGAGGCACGAGUGUAACAAAGUUUUUUUCGACACAUGUGGUGCUUGGAACUACCCAGUUUUCAAGCCAAGCUGCCUUGAUCCAUACGCACUCUGUAUUAAAUUCAACAGCCUGUGCUGAUGCAGAUACGCGAGACAAAUUUGCAAGUUUUGAUACUUCUAGAGAAGCAAUACAUGGACAAGUUAGUUUGUACCUCCUGUAUUGUUCCUUUUUUUGGUCAAAUCCUCAUACUGUACCACCUCCACUUCGGCCUGAGCUAUUCUUAGCCUGCAGCAUUUUCUAAAUAAAUAAAUAUGUCUAAGAUACAGAAACUCACGAAUUUACCACACAAUCAGGACCAUAUAUUUGUCUGAUUUCUUUCAUUCUUUUAUAUUUGUUGAUUUUUAGAAGCUCGGACUGUUGUUUUCUUUCUGAUGUUGUAGGCUGGUGUUAGGCAGGCAGAAUACAAGCUUAGAGAAAGAAAGGGAUAAAUUUUUGCAUAGCAGUGUACAGUAUAGCAUCACAUGUAGUGCGAAAGUGUGGUAAGUGGUAGUAAAAAUUAUUUGAAAUUCAGAAAGAAUAAAGAGCAACAGCAUACGAAAAAGUAUAGCAUAACCUUGUAUUUUGUAUAGUUUUACUAACAAUGAAAAUUGAAAAUCAUAGUUGAGAGGAGUGAUGCGAGUAUAAAAAUUCAGAAAAAAAUUGAAGCUUACUCAUGCUUAGUCAAAAAACAUCAUUUACCGCGAUACCAUCAAAAAGCUCUUUUCGUGGAAAUUCCGGGGUCAGCAGUUGUAAGCGAAAACUCAUCAUGAUAUGCGUGAUCGAAAAAUGUAGGACGAUGCAAAUAAA